UUGUUCGAUGCUGUGCCACCUUUUAUAGGGGACUGACUCGGGCAAAGUUCUUGUUCCUGUGAGGUAAAGCCUGUGCCUAAGAACAACAUUCUCAAUUCGUGAGUUGUUUUAAUUUGAUCGCCAUGUUAGUAACUCCAUAGUUAGUGACAACAGUCUAGGUGGGAAGAAGACAAUGCAGUGCAUUUGUUCAUCCAUGUGCACUUCGGAAUUUAAAUCUACUCCCCGGACAACCCUUUGGUUAACAUUUCAAGCGUUACAAAUGGCAUCAGGUUUACAUAUUAAGUCAAGUAUUCUUGGAUUUAAAACUUGAGGAUCUCUCACCGAUAAUUCAAGAUGGCGGACGAAUGUGACACUUCUGACGUGGAGGUCAAAGGUGCUGAGAACGAAUUAGAAACGAUGAACCGUAAAGAGCAGAAACCAAAUAUUACAGAUAAUACUUUACCUGCUAAAAACAGCGAAAAUAACGAAACUUCUAUUGACAUCGAGAAAGAAAACGAAAACAACGAAGCUCAGGAAACUCAACCCUUGCUCUCGAUCUCACAAAGUCAAGUCGUCUCCGAGGGGACCAAAGUGAUCACAACGGUUUACGAACUUUCCGAGGAAGAAGCAACCAAACCAAAGAAAAGACGUACUUGUAAGGAGUUCUUCUGUGCCUGGGAUGACAGAAGGGCCUAUUAUUUUGGCAGAAAGUUAGGUAUCAUCUUUGUUUACUUGGGAAUAGCAAUGGUGAUCGCAGGUAUCGUGCUUGUCUGGAUCUCAACCGUGUGGAAACCGGAAAGGCCGUUUGCGAUGAUGAUCUGGAUUGGAAUCACGGUUAUCAUAGUUGGAGCGUUGAUUAUUGAAAACUCCAACUGGCAGAAGGAGAUUGACAAGGCUAAGAAACGGAACAUUGUGUAUGCACAAGAGAAGCUCAAGGAAAAGGCAAAAGAACCCAAAAUGUUCUUCGGAGCAGCUUUCAAUGACAUCGACAUAACGGACGAAAGUGGACAACCUGUUCAUCUAACAGAAGAGCAAGUACGAAAUAUGGUCAGCGAUUUGGUGGGACCGGACGCCAUCCAUUCUAUCUAUCAUAUCGAAGGACAAUGGAAAGUUUACUUCCAUACCAAACCCGCUAGAGAUGAGUUUAUGAGCAAAUCGUUGAUUUACAGGGGCAAAGAGGUUAGAAAGUAUGUCAUUGAGUCCAAAACAGAAGAGGGGUUGGCUGCCCUAUCUGAGUUGCACGCUAUGGAAGCAUUGGAAGCCCAGAAUACGACCUUAUACGGCUACACGUUUGAAGAAAGGGAUGUCGUUGAUGAUGAUGGUAAUAUGGUGAAAUUAAAAGAAGAUGAAGUUUGUGAAAGUAUUCUUAGUACUGACAUUGAUCCAGAUAAGCUAUACGCUGUGGAGAACAUACGAGGGGAGUGGAAAAUAUAUGUCUACGGACAAACCUCGGGGGAAAAACUUCUAGAGCAAGGUCUUAUAAUCAGAGGACGUAGUAUUAGACUAAGUACAAUAGACUACAGCAAGAUUGUCCAGCCUCCGAAGGUAAAAUUGAGAAAGUCAAGCACGUCGGGCGCAAGCGGUGAAAAGGACAUGUCAGGUGUGGCCAUUCUGAAGAUCCUGAAUCUACCUGUUGUUGUUGAAGACCGUCUAGUUAUCAAGAACUUGCAAAAAGCAGGGUGCAAAGUGAAAGGGGCCAUACAGAAACAGAGAGUCAAGCGUGAGUACGCAAAGGCAUCAGUGUACUUCUUCAACGGCAUUCGCUUUGUACGUGUCCGUAUUCCUAGCAUAAAGCGGUUUCCUCUGAAGCAGGUUUGGGACGGAUACUUUGUCAAACUAGAAGUGGUCAAAGUUUUCCCAGAUAAUGACACCUCCGAGCAAAACGCCAGGCUAGAUUCGGCCAUUUGUGUUCUGAAAGUGGAAGACAAAGCCACAGAUGCUAGCAGAAAAACAGAAGUCGUGACGACAGCUAUUUGUCACGUGAAUAAUGAAGCAAAAGAAAACCUUACACUACCGUCCUUCUCAGACACUGAUGGUGCAGGGGAGACUUACGGAGCCGAUAAACUCUCACGAGAAAGUGUGAGAACUUCUCUGCAUGAACUUGACAUGGGGACUGAUCGUACGGAUGGAUUAGAUGCAGGUGAACUCUCGCAAGAGUUUACGAGCCCUUCUUUGUAUGACCUUGACAUGGACCCAAACCACAUACAUACUGAGGAAUUAUUGGUAGAAAAUGAACUCUCGCGAGAGAAUACGAGAUCCAUAUCUGGCGAUCUCGAAGGAGCGGUUGGUGGAGAGGAGUCAGAGGAUUUGAACAUUCCGGAAAUGGUGAAGAGAGCCAAUGGUGAUUCCGGAAUACAGACUCCGGAAUCCGGAUCGAGAACUUCCGUUCUGGGGUCACAGAUGUCAAACCAGGAAGGAGCACGACUGACUCAAAUGCGACAAGAAUAUCUCGUGUGA